AUGGCGAGCAAACCUAUACCCCAGAGGCGGACAUCGACGUCGAUGGCUGGACUUGGCCGACUGCGUGCUUCCCACCUUCCUCCUAUCCCAGAAACGAGAGCUUACACGCCUCGACGGUCAACUACUUCUAUUCCACUCGCUGCUGCCUCCAAGCCCCAGCGCACUUCAAAAACUUCUCAGAAAUUGGUUGUACUUCCCUCGGAUGUCCAAGUUCAACCGCUUCCUCCUUCCCGCGAGCCCCAGGCCGAUGGAAGAGAGGGUCCCAGUGGGCUGGGCAAUGACCAUAGGAGCGAGGGGGAACGUAUGGGCAAGGAGCAGAGGCAACGUGCCGGAUACAAGCGACUUACGGCGUAUUGCAUCGCGGAAUCAUUUCGUAUGAAACUUCUAACGGCGUUCUUGAAGCGUGAGCACGGUGUUGCUCCGAGAGUGUUUGACGAGGCUGUGUACGCAGUGUACCAUUUACCACUCCUUCCUGGCUAUGGGCAGCAUGUUAACAUCAGGUCAUCUCCGCCCGUCAAGUCGCCUGGCGGCAAAUCGAUCUUAUCAAAAAUGUCCGAGGCUGAAGAGUAUGGCUAUGACGGAACAUAUUUUGCCCCUGGAUCGCCCAGUAAUCCGUACUCAUUAGAAGGAGGUGGUUAUAUAUCCUCGUCUCCACCUACGUCUCGCAAACCACAUAAGAGGGUGCCCCAAAUUCGACACCGGAAUGACCCGGACUAUUGGCAGACGGACAAUGACAAUGAUAUUGCAGAUGUUGUCUUCUUCGAUUAUGGUGUUGUUGUUUUCUUUGGCUUAGAUGAAACGCAAGAGCAGGAUAUACUGGAGGAUUUGCAUAAUGCUGGAAUUUUACAAGGACGAAGGUCAGAGAAUGACUGGGAAAUGGAGGAAUGCCAUUACGAGGCAAGCAAUUACAAGAGCGAGCACCACCACCUGCUAACUAUACCUUGCCUAUAUGAUUUAGCCUUCAAAUCUUCGUCACAUCUCCUGAAACUAUCUCUUGCACACGCACUGGCCCAAUCGACUCUUCUAGCUCACUAUGAAACCAUAGCCCAAGUUGUCUUGGCUGCUCCCUCAGUAACGGCUCUUCCAAAACAGCUCGCGGACUCUGGAGAACUCAAGCUACGUCGUGGAGAAGCGUUGAAACUCACAGGCCGGUUGUUCAAACUUCGGCGGGACGUAAAUUUGGUGUCUAACGUUCUUGAUACUCCCGAGUUGUUCUGGUCUGAAGCCAGUUUAAAGAGUCUGUACGAUGCAACGAGGGAUUACUUCGAAAUCGAGCCUAGGGUUCAGGUGUUGAAUGAGCGACUUGGGGUUGCAUCCGAUUUGCUUGACAUCAUUCAUGAACACCUGAAUAACGGCGCCAUGAUGCGUAUUACCUGGAUUAUCAUUUGGCUGAUUGUUGUUGCCUGCUUGGUUGACUUGGGGGCUUUACAAGCUUUGCGGGCCACAUCGGUCCACGACGCGACCACGGCCCUUGAGAAACUCAUGCAAAUGUAG